AUUUUUCAGAGCAUUACAGUCGGACAAGAAUAUAACAAUAUAGUCGUUACCAGUAAAACCAAGUGUCGCGCACUCUGCUGCGCAUGUAUGUGGAGUUGCCAUGAAGGUAAAGGUGAUCUCCAUCCUGGAGGACAACUACAUGUACCUGGUGAUUGAAGAGCAGAGCAAACAGGCUAUAGCUGUGGACCCUGCGGUACCACACCGGUUGCUAGAAAUAGUGAAGAGAGAGGGCCUUUCUUUGGUGGCUAUUCUCACCACACACCAUCACUGGGACCAUGCUCGUGGGAAUGAGGCUCUGGUGAAGGAGCUUCCUGGGCUGAGGGUGUACGGGGGAGAUGAUCGGAUCGGGGCUCUGACUGAUAAAGUCACCAGCGCUCAAGAACUGAAGUUUAACGCAAUCAAUGUGAGGUGCCUAUUUACUCCCUGCCAUACCUCUGGUCACAUGUGCUACUUUGUUUGGGAGGAUGAGUGCACUGAUGCCCCUGCUGUGUUCACAGGGGAUACGCUGUUUAUUGGUGGAUGUGGACGGUUUCUCGAGGGUACGGCAGAACAGAUGUACCACAAUCUCACCGAGGUGCUGGGCUCCCUACCUCAAGACACGAAGGUGUUCUGUGGACAUGAGUACACCAUUAAAAACCUGAAGUUUGCCAUGCUGGUGGAGCCAGAGAAUGAGAAGGUUAAAGAGAUGCUGAGCUGGGCCAGGGCAAGAGAUGAUGACGACAAACCCACAGUGCCAUCCACCCUGAUGGAGGAGUUUGAAUACAACCCUUUUCUUCGCCUCUCGGAGGAAGGCGUGCAAAAGUUCACAGGGAAGACAGAUCCAGUGGAGGUGCUGAGGGUCCUACGGAAGGAGAAGGACAAAUUCAAGAAGCCCAAGGAGAGACUUCCUCCACAUGCCAUGUUGGCUUUGGAGUGGGGGCUACUCAGACCCUGAAACCCAGUUUCAAAGCUCUGAACACGGGACAUGUUCAGCUAAUGAGGAGGACUGGUGUGAUUGAUUGACUGAAUGCGGCAAGACACAAUACUGCUCAUUGCUUUUACCCUAAAUUUAACUCAUUUAUACUUUUGGGGGCCUCGUUGACCUUUAUGGGCAUGUAUAUUGUUUUAGAAACGUCUGCACAAAAAGGCCAGUAUAAAGCUGCUUCCGUUAAAUAUAAACUACUUUCAUUUAAGGGCUGGUCUCCCAGUCUGUUAUGUACAAACUAACUGAGCCACACCACAUCUACUAACACAGAUUCCAAAUGAAAAAUCUUGUAAACCCACGAGACUUGAUGAUAACUGAUUUUGGGAGAAAAAUAAGCUUAAUUUCUCUGCCUUAUUUAUAUUAUAAUGUUUCUUUUCCUUGAAAUAUUAUGCACCUUUCUCUCUUAUUACUGUAAAUAUUUAUUUUCUGUUACUGCCAAUGCAUUUUUCCUGAGUUUCAAGUUCAUGUUAACUCUGUCAUUGUAGUUUGGACAUAUUGUCUGUUUUCCACAUUCGCUCUCUUGCUUACUUUUGCAGUUGAAAGCCACAGAUUUGUCAGACUGCACCUUGUAAACAUUAUAUUGGAGCAGGGAUCUGAUAUGUUGUUUGUGUUGCUCAUAAACUGUACAUGGGUAGAGAAAAAAUGCAGUGUACAUCAUUAUGAAUGUAAAGUGCUGCUUUUCAAGUUUGGGAGAGCUUAUAACUGUACAGCAAUAAAACACACUUCUGAA